GCUCCUGCCUGGUUUCGCCCGGGGCGGGGGUCCCUCCGUGGCGUUCCCAGAGCGCUAUCCCGUUAUCCCGUUAUCCCGGGGGCAGAUGCCGGGUGGGAAGCAGCGCCUGCCCGCAGAUGGAGUUGCUGCUGCCAACUCUCGCGAGCUUUAUGUCAGAAACACUUGAUUACAAUGUCACCACUGGCCAAUUUACGGGCUUAAAGCAGCAGCCGCUCGGCUGCGUUUUCCCCCGAGGUACCCAAAGAUCCCGACUCCUAAAAACUUCGUAGCUCUUGUAAUAGAAGAGGGGCAUCAUGAUUUGGACAAAUGGGCCAAGUCUCCUUACCAGGUUUCUGAUGUGGCUUCUUCUCCUGUGCAUGUUCAUCAGGAAGGUGAUGCCUGAAGACAACAUUGUUACAACCAAGAAAGGCAGAGUCAGGGGGACAAACCUGCAGGUCCUGGGGGGAACUGUGACAGCCUUCCUUGGAAUACCUUAUGGACAGCCACCCCUUGGCAGACUGAGGUUUCAAAGGCCAGAACCUCGGGAGAAGUGGUCGGACGUUUGGGAUGCCACAAAACACGCCAGCUCUUGUUACCAGCACAUAGACACAACUUACCCGGGAUUCGCCGGAUCAGAGAUGUGGAAUCCAAAAACCAACCUGAGUGAAGACUGCUUGUACCUUAAUGUGUGGGUUCCUUCUCCCAGGCCCAAGAAUGCAAGCGUCAUGGUGUGGAUUUACGGCGGUGGCUUCGAGUCUGGGUCCACCUCCCUGCUGGUCUACGAUGGCAAAUUUCUGGCCAGGGUAGAACGAGUUGUCGUGGUUUCCAUGAACUACAGGGUCGCUGCAUUUGGGUUUUUGGCUUUGCCAGGAAACCAGGAAGCUCCUGGAAAUGCGGGUUUGUUUGACCAAAGGUUGGCCCUUCAGUGGGUGCAGGAGAACAUAGCAGCCUUUGGAGGCAACCCGAAAAGCGUGACGAUAUUUGGGGAGAGCGCUGGCUCGGCCUCUGUCAACUACCACAUCCUUUCCCCCAAAAGCCAUCCUUUGUUCACCAGGGCCAUCAUGCAGAGUGGAUCUGCCAAUGCCCCUUGGGCUGCAGUCACAGCAUCUGAAGCCAGAAACAGAACAGUGGCUUUAGCUAAACAGCUCCAGUGUCCCACCAGCAAUGAGACAGAGCUGAUUCUCUGCCUCCAAGACAAGGACCCGAAGGAAAUACUGGAGAACGAAAUUUUUGCUGCUCCGGGCGUCUCCUUGUUGCAAGUGCAUUUUUGCCCAACUGUGGAUGGCGAUUUUCUCUUAGACAUGCCAGAAAAAUUGAUCGAGAAAGGCCUUUUCAAACAAACGCAGAUCUUAGUCGGCGUUAAUAAAGACGAAGGCUCAGGAUUUCUGGCGUAUGGAGUCCCUGGCUUCAGCAAGGACAGUGAUGGCUUGGUCAAUAAAACCCAGUUUGAAACAGCCUUAACUCUGGCCUUCCCAGGAGUGAGCAAACUCGCAAUAGAAUCCAUCAUCUUUCAGUACACGGAUUGGGAAAACCAGCACAGGCCGGAGCACUACUGUGACGCUGCUGAUGAUGCCGUCGGGGACUACAACAUCAUCUGUCCUGUCCUGGAAUUCACCACAAAAUUCGCCCAGCUGGGAAACAACGUGUUCUUUUACUUCUUUGAGCAUCGAUCCUCCAAGCUGCCCUGGCCAGAGUGGAUGGGAGUGAUGCAUGGCUAUGAGAUUGAGUUUGUGUUUGGGCUGCCCCUGGAGAGAAAGGUGAAUUACACCAAAGCCGAGGAAAUCUUGAGCCGGUCCAUGAUGAGACACUGGGCAACGUUUGCCAAAACUGGAGCUCCUAACGGGACCCUGAUUAACGGAGUAAGGUGGCCAACCUUCACCAGUACUGAGCAGAAAUAUUUGACACUAAACACCAGCACUCCAGAGAUCCUGACGAAACUCCGGGCUCAGCAGUGUCGAUUCUGGAAAUAUUUUUUCCCCAAAGUCGUGGAAAUGACAGGAAAUAUUGAUGAAGCAGAACGAGAGUGGAAAGCAGGAUUCCAUCGCUGGAACAAUUACAUGUCAGACUGGAAAAAUCAAUUUAAUGAUUACACCAGCAAGAAGGAGCUGUGCAAGCUCUAAUUAAUAUGUUUACCCUUUCCAGUGUGUCCAUAGAACUCUUCAUCAGGCAAAUAUCCAGGUAGCAUUCUAACAUCUCUGGCAUUAAAUGUGUUCUGCAGAUUAAAAAAAAAAACAAAACAAAACAACAAUGUUACAGAUAUAAUUUUGAUUCCUCAGAUCUUUCAUUUAGAUUUUGCCUCCUAUCUCAAUAAACAGUGUAUGGCAUCUGUACCCUUUGAAGCUUCACUGGGUUAAAUAGGACUGUAAAGUCUGAAGAUUAAUGGUGUACAUGUUAUUAUAAAUAUUAGCUGCUUAAAUUCACACUUCAAAGAGACAAUGUAACCUCUUGGAGGAAAAUGGAUAUUUAUUUUUUUUUAAUAGGAAUAGCAGUGAUUUACAGUGUUAUCAUGCAAAACACAGUUGGGUUUGAUCUUUAACUGCAACACCACCACACUUAAACCUUGGUUCAGACAUAACUGAGUUGACAUAAACAUAAAUGUACAACAGCUUUGCUGGACAAACAAAAUGAUAUUUGUUUGUUGGACAAAAAAAAGUUUUAGGGCUGCCAUUAAAGUGGGAAUCACUUUCUAAAUGGCUAAAUUUGUAGGACAAAGCCACGUUAGGAGAGGAUUCAAGCUGUGUGUUGAAAGCCUAAACCAUCAGCACUCUGAGUGCAAGUGUUGGGGUGAAACAAGGCAGAAAACCCCACACCUCUGCUUCCUCCAUCCUCACCUUUCAAGGAGUGAGGAACUACAGACUCACAAGGAAUGAACUCACAGCUUUCCCCUCCUCAGUCACCCACUGUCUUCACCUGGUAGAAGUCUCUGCUGUGGAGAUAAGCUCCGAUUAUGACAUUUUUUUGUCCACUGAGUUGCCUCUUAGUCAGGGGGCAGCCCCAUAGAACAUGACAGAUGAGUCUUUGCACCUGCAGAACAGAGAAUCACAGAACAGGCUGAGUUGGAAGCGACCCACAAGAACCCACAAGGAUCGAGUCCAUCCCCUGGCCCUGCACAGCAACAUCCACACAGAUCACACAAAGAAAAUUGGCCAAAUAUUUCACCAAAUGGUUCAUCAAGAACCAACCAGGAGGGGGAACCUUGCCAAAAACUCCUCUUGGAGAGGGUUGGGAAGGGCAUCACUGCAGAGAAGUGUUGUGCCCCUGGUGGGAAGGACCCAGCUCUUUGACAUACUCCAGUGAGCUCUACCUGCCAUCUCCCAGACCCCUUUCUACCCACCUGAGCUGAACCUCUUAGAAGCUUCUAAAAAAAAAA